UUUUCCAGUUCAAGAGUUCAAAGUUCCUUUAGGUCCUUCCAUAAGGGUCACCAAAGCUGGCAAACAAAGCGAGUAAAACAACCGACAUUUUGGAAGUUGUUAGGGACGGUAAACAUUCGACGUAGCGGAAAUAGUGACUUCAAAUUCGGCGACACUGUGACAAUUCACCAUGGCUACUUCAGAUGGUAGAAGCGGCCGGUCAACUCGUUCAGAGCAGGGAAUCCCUGGACAGUUUGGGCUGGAAUUCUCCUCAGUGUUGGUGUCCAACAUACCUCAAUCCGUGACUCAGUGGGACCUGGAAAGACACUUUAACCAAGAGACACACUGGAAGGAUGAACCCCAUGUCAGAAUGAUGUCAACACAGGCAAUUGUGACAUUCAGAAGCCCUUCAUAUGCUAUGUACAUUGCAAGGAAGGGAUACACAACUUACAAUGGAAAAGACUUAACAGUGGAACCAAACAUUGAGGUGUUCCCUGCGGUCACGGCUGUCAUCCCUGAAAGGCUUUGUGUUUAUCUGCCAAAUAAUGUCAUAGAGGAACUUGAAAGAAAAACAGGUGUCCAAGUUAAUCGUAACUCUAGGCAAAACAACACACUAGAAAUCAUGGGAAGCUUGCAAGAAAUUGAGCAAGCCCAGACAAUGUUAAGACAGAGAUUUGCUACCAUCAUUAAUGAAGACUUACUGACUGGCUCUCAGCCUCAAGUUGGCAAGUACAAUUACACAGAUAACCAAGGUGCUGCAGGUUAUAGUGAAGUUAACAUGGAAGAACACACAACCACAUUAGUAAGAGACAGUACUGACAGAAGCUAUCAGACAAAUGGGCCAGCUACCGAACUUGCUGAAGACAGGAGCGAAGACGACUCCCGAAAUGGAAGAUCUCGUACAAGGACAAGGAAGGUAGCAGGAAGGUCAAGUUCGUCUAGUAGAGUAGAGACUUCUUCACGGACAGUAAAUAGAGUAAAAGAGGGACCGGCAGACAUCAUUGGUAGAGGUCUGGACAACAGAUCUAGUGGGACUCCAGCAACAACAAGGCCUCAUACACAACCAGUGCUCUCCAAUAAGUCUUCAAGUUCUUCAAAGUCCCAGUCGUCUGCCACAAGGAAGUUAAAGACACCAUCCAAUUCCAUACUCCCAAGCAAAACAAUCGUCCCCGGUAGUACUCGUGCUGCAACAAGCACUCCAACAGGUGGCAGCAUUGCAAGCUCUUCAAGAAGUAAAUCUGGACUACAAGGUGCUGUAGGAGGUGUUGGUGUUCCAGGCACCACAAAAUCAGGCAAAACAAAAGCCCAUUCAGUCCACGCCUACAAAGGAGUAAAAGUCAGUAUAGUGCACGGAGAUCUAACCAAAGAAAAAGUUGACGUGAUUGUAAGUUCAGGCGGUGGGGACUUGAAGAACCUUGGAGGUGUAGCAGGAGCCAUAUCGAGAGCUGGAGGUCCCAGCAUCCAGGAAGACUGUGACAGUUACAAACAAAGACACGGCCCUUUGAAGACCACAGAAUGCAUGGUGACAGGCCCAGGUAGACUUCGAUCAUGUAACCAUGUUAUUCAUUCUUGUGGGCCUGUCUAUCAGAGAUCACAUCCACACAGGACUGAAAGGGAACUUAAAGAUACCACAUACACAGCACUGAUGUCAGCAGCAGUGGAUCUGAAAGCCCAGUCCAUAGCUUUACCUGCCAUCAGUUCAGGAACGUUUCGUGUCCCAAAGGACAUGUGUGCAAGAGCAAUGCUAGCUGGCAUCAUGGCAUUUGCUGAGGCACAGCAAGAUAUUUACAGUGGCCUAAAGGACAUCAGAAUCGUUGACAACGACUUUUACACAGUGUUUGGAUUCACAUCUCAAUGUGAGAAACUGUUAGACGACCCCAGCAACACCAGAGAUUCUACCACAGGGUCCCGCCGAAGGAGUUCUUCCAUGAGUAGAGCAGAUGGAAGGGGCAGAACGACAAGCUUUUCAAACGUGCCUGCAGCAAGUGCUUCAUCCUACACCAACGGCAGUUACCAGUCACUCCCUGGCCUUCAGGAUAAAGGAGACAAUCAUUUCAGAAACGGGUCAUCCUACAAUUAUGAACGUUAUCAGUCACUCCCAAGCUUUCAUGACAAUGGAGACAAUCAUUUCAGAAAUGAAAGUAGCUGGGAUCAUCAAUUUGAAAACACACCGGGUAUGGAGGCCUCCUCCCCAAAGACACAGCAAAGCAACAGGUCCACAACAAGUGAUGGUGACCAGGAUGACACUUGUCCUAUCUGCAUGAGCGACUUCACCGAUCCCAAAAUGCUGUCUUGCAAGCACAAGUUCUGUGCCGACUGCCUGGCGACCGCCCUGAAGCACGCGGCCAAAUGUCCCAUCUGUGGCCUGGUGGUGGGCAGGCUGAGGGGAGACCAGCCGGAGGGUAGGAUGGAGUAUACAGUGGAGAGACACAGCAGUCUCCCUGGCUACCCAGGCUGUGGAACUAUCAUCAUCCACUACAGCAUCCCAUCUGGAAUACAAGGACGAGAUCACCCUAACCCCGGCCAGCCUUACCAUGGUACGUCCAGGAAAGCGUACCUGCCUGACAACUAUGAGGGACAGGAGGUUCUCACACUGCUGAAGGAGGCCUGGAGGAACAAACUGGUCUUCACCAUCGGGACAUCCGUCACUACUGGAACUGACGAUGCCGUGACCUGGAACGACAUUCAUCACAAAACAAACCGCAGUGGAGGUCCCACCAGAUAUGGUUACCCAGAUCCUACCUACCUGGCCAGGGUGAAAGAGGAACUAGCAGCCAAGGGCAUCACCACAAGACCCUCAACUGCAUAGAUAAUGUUAUUACAUGUACUAAACCAAGAAUGUCAGUGGUAGCUAGUAAAAAAAAGGGCUAUGUGUAUGUCUAGUAAAACCGUAUGAUAAAGCCCUGAACUUGACUAUGGCCCAAAGAACAUGUGCCAUUAAACACAUUGGUGAUGUCACAAUACAUUUGUACAUUGAUACUUGUAGAAAAAUUCCUCUGUGUGCUUAGUUUGUCUUGUUUUGAUCUUAAGUGCUUCCAGUGAGGGUACAUGAUUAUUAGCUUUGUGUGUUUGUUUGUUUGCUUGUUGUUUUUGAACUUUUAGUCUUUAGUCACAAAAAUUUUUAUUCUUCCUGGUGUUCAGAUUAUUACCCCAUACUGAUCUGAAACAAGAUGUUUUGACGGAAUUGCUCAGUAUUUGUUCGGUAGACAGAGAUUUGUUACACCUAUACUUAAAACCACCUGUUAAACAGAAUGGAAGAAAAGAGAGAGAAAGAAUCAGUUGUACAUUCCAUAAUUGUAAAUUCUUAAGUGUUGUUUUGUGCACAUAGUCUACCCUAGCACAUGUACACAUGGAUGUAUCCAAUGUACAACAUUUGCUUUUUAUGUCAACAAUUUAUUUAGAUAGU